AUGAAUUUUUACUUACGAGUAUUAAGUGUAAGUAACAAAUCUAGGAAUCAUGAAUUCACUCUUGAUGACUUGAUUUCCCAUUGCGCGGAUUCUCGAGAUACCCUGGAUUGCCUCGAUGAUGAUGAUCAGAGUUCAGACCCUAGUAGUCUCAGAAAACUCCGGGCUCUUGGGACUGCCUUCGCUCUGAGUUCUGGUGAUCUACCCUCAGAUGGCAUCCGAAAAAACCGUCGCAAAAAACAUCUUUCUCAUGGAAUUUUCUCAUCGGAUGAUUCUGGCGAUGAAAGUGAUCACAGUGAUGACAGCACACAAGGUUUGGCUGGAGAUCGGUCUGAUGGUGAACUGGAAGAUGACGAUGAAUACGAGUCCGAAAUGCUUGCUCGAGGCAUUGAAGAAAGGGAAGAAGAUGACAAUGAUGAUGAUGAGGAUGAUGGUGAGGUUGAUCUUGCCUCUCCAUUGCGCAUCAAGCAGCAGCGCCAUCAGGACUCGGAUUCCAAUCUUCCUGUGUUUUCUGGACCCAAAUCUGAUAGUGCAGCUAUUCAUAGUAUUUUGCCUGUGCCUAUACAGGCGCCCGAGACCUUAAUUUCUACAAAACCCUGUAAGCUAUAG